CCCCGCAUCCUCCGCUGUCCUCCGGGCGAGCUCCCUGAGCGCGGGUCGGCGCGGCGGCGACAUCCAGCGGCUGCUCCGAGUCCGAGGCGGCGUUGGAGAUGGAGCCGCUCAGGUCCCCGAAGAGCCGGGGGCGCAGACUGUAGCACAGCCCCAUGUUGAAAGCAGUCGUCGUGUGCGAGGAUGGGAUUGGUCAUAAAUUAAACACCAAAAAGGAUCGCUGCUGCGCCACCGGCGGCCCUAACGUGCCAUCGUCACACGGCCGCUCCGGCGCGGCGAGGUCGGUCCCGAUUCGAGGCGGAAAUGUGGACCGUUGGCGCUCCGACAUUUGCUACAUGACAUCGUGCAUGGUCGUCCCCGGGCUGGCUGGUCCGGAUCACCUGAUUCCGUCCGUGGACACUGCGGGUCCAAGCUUACCAUGCGAGUCAAGUCUCUCUCUUCUGCACGGAAACAUGGCGAGAAGUCAAGGAGCCAACCAGGAGUUGUCGGAGGUGCUCAACGAACUCUGGCACUUGGACGUCAACCGCCUCAAACCGGGAACUGAUUACAUCAUUUCUCCGCAGGGGCGGGCAGGCUAUGUGGCCCAGGGCAGUAACUACGCCAGAGACAGAGCCAGGGCGCCACUCUUCACGUACGUCAAUGAAGACAAGCUGAGGAGCAUCAAGACUUAUUCUCAUUUCAUCAACCUGCUGGACAACUACGAGAUGUCGACCGGCGUGUCAGAGAAGGUGACGUCAGAGGAGUUCGGGGAGAACCACAAGUUUCUGGACGCCAUUCUGGAGACAGAAGUUAUGAAGCGUGCUCACCAGUAUCUGAUCCAGAAGAGACAGUCUCCGCCAGACCUCACGCACUUCAAGAGACAGCUCUACGACAUCUGGUUCAGAUUGUACCACCGAGACAGGAGCGGAGGAGAGGAUUCUUGCGGGUUCGAGCACGUGUUUGUUGGGGAAACCAAGUAUGGCCAGGAGAUGAUGGGUCUUAAGUACAAGACAACCUUAUGUUGUAUUUACUCAUACUUUAAAGAAUACAAUACAAAUAAUAAUUAUUGUAUUUUUCUGUCUUUCACCAAGUUGCAACAUUUUAAGACAUUUAUUUCCAACAACAAAGCAACCCAAAUUGCUAUCAGAAGUCUUAUUUGUUUAUUACAUUUCUGUCAUAUACAGUGCAGAAAUACUAUUAAAUACAUGUCAAAUGUUCUUUUUUACCCCCCAAAAUGAUACGUAUAAUAAAUAAAUAAACAUAAUCAACUAGGGGAAAAAAGAAACAUGCAUCAGUCAAAUAAUAAAAUAAAAAAAAUAAGUACAGGCAAAUACUGACAUGAAGCCACAGACAACUGCACUCCUGAAGGUCCCCAACACGGUGCAGCAAUAAACAAAAGCAGACAAAAGGCUGAUCAAUUAUCUACCUUGUGUACACCGCCUUCCGCCCGAAUGCAGCUGAGAUAGGCUCCAGCACCCCAAGAGGGACAAGCGGUAGAAAAUGGAUGGAUGAAUAUAUGUGCUGCCCUCUCCUGGCAGUCAUGAUCAACAUAACUUUGACUACGCUAUUUGAAUGAGUUUGAGGCUUCUGUAGCUGUUAAGUACACGGUGCAGAGCAGCAAACUCGCCUACUACCAAUACAAAGUUAACAGCCAUUUUUUGUUUCCACAGUUUGGUGAUUAUAUGCCUUUAAGUAGAAAUGCAUUUGCAGUUUUGUCAAUUUUGUUGCGUAAAAAUCUCUUUUGGUAAACCUUUGUAAGAGUUCAAAACAAUCACGAUGCUAACUUUUGUUAGCCUGUCAAUGGGAUUGUCCAUUGUACGUUAGCAUGAUCAGAAUCAGAAUCAGAAUAGUUGUUUGAGAACGGGUUCACAAACUAGGAAUUUUUCUUGGUGCAAUCUUGGAAUUACUGAAUAUUACCGAAUAAUUAGGAGCCAACUUUUUAUCCUGUAUGGUUGCAUUUCUUUUUUCCCUGUUUAUACCAAAUCGUAUUGUUGAUUUAACAUGAUUCCUACAUGUAAGUGCACUUGUAUGUGUAAAUCAAUGUACGUUAUUUUUGUGCGCUUCAUUUCACAGUAACUUUAAUGUGGAGACUAUAAAUAAACAACCUCAAGUUGUUACUUUCAUCUCUAAUUUAAAAGACUGUUUACAUAUUUGGCAAACUAAACUCCAACUUUCUGUGUUGCAUUGUAGUAACAAGCAGCACCAAUAGAGGGCUUUGGAGGUUUCUACAUUUCCCACAAUGCAUUGCCAGUGGCCAUAUUGUUAGGCUUUUUAAUUUGUAAACACACUCAUUGUUGCUGAUCAUAUAUCCAGUGAUAAUCAUAAUGGUCAACUGCCACAGUUGAAGUAGGAAAAAUAAAACUAUCUUUUAUUGCAUUCCUAAGCUUCUACCAUGAAUUGAUUAACGUGGACCCCGACUUAAACAAGUUGAAAAACUUAUUCGGGUGUUACCAUUUAGUGGUCAAUUGUACGGAAUAUGUACUGUACUGUGCAAUCUACUAAUAAAAGUUUCAAUCAAUCAAUCAAUUCUUUCUGGACAGAGGGAAGCGGCUGAUCAGAGGAUGUAUUGCUGCAAUUAAGCGAUUCGAUGUGACGUGCUAUGUUUGUUUAGAUCAGGGGUCACCAACCUAUUUGAAACCAAGAGCUACUUCUUGGGUACUGAUUAAUGCGAAGGGCUACCAGUUUGAUAAACACUUAUAUAAAUUGCCAGAAAUAGCCAAUUUGUUUAAUUUACCUUUAACUCUAUGUUAUUAUUAAUAAUUAAUGAUAUUUACACUUAAUU